AUGAAUUCAACAACCAAUACCUCUAUUGAUAACAACAACAACAAUAAGAGUAUGAGAAAAGAGAAAAAAGAGAUGAAACCUUAUAGAGGAAUAAGGAUGAGAAAGUGGGGAAAAUGGGUGGCUGAGAUUAGAGAACCAAAUAAAAGAUCAAGAAUUUGGUUAGGUUCUUAUAUAACUCCUAUUGCUGCUGCUCGUGCUUAUGAUACUGCCGUGUUUUAUCUUCGAGGUCCGUCUGCGAACCUUAAUUUUCCAGAACUGUUGUUUAAGGAUCGAGAAGAUGACGACGAUGAAGAUGAAGAAAGAUAUGGGAAGAAUAUGUCGGCAGAUUUGAUAAGGAAGAAAGCUACUCAAGUUGGUGCUAGAGUUGAUGCUUUUGAAACUUCUUUGAAUAAUCAUGUUCGUGUUCAUGUUCACUCCAAUACAAGUUCUACUUUUAAACCCGACUUGAAUGAGUUUCCAAAACCUGAAGAUUAUUGA